AUGGCCCACCCCCACUAUGAUCAACAAGAGAGUGCCGAGAACGCAACCAAUGCCGGUUCAUUCAGUGGGGUGAUGAGCACUCCGAACAACCCGAAAGAUGACGAUGUGCCUGAAAAAGUGCUGCAGAAUGAAACGGGUAGACAGCAAGAGCAGCAACAACAGCCUCAGCCUCAGGAACCUCCUCCCCCUCCCUCGGAUUGCAUGGAUGUAAAAACUGAUACCGGGAAGGAAUCACCUUCCACGGUUUCGCUCAAUAGUUUACCAUCGACACCACCGUUACCUGCCGUUGAAAACAACAUGGAAAUUCCGCAAACGACACCAAAGCAACCGUCUCGUCUUGAUCAAUUAUUGGAACAAUUUCUUGCAUAUGAAUCUAGUCUUUCAAUGACCGACUACAUCAAACGAUUCUACCAAAUCCGACUCGAACAAGAGGCUCUUCGCAAUGAUCCUGAGUUUUCGGCCAAAUGUGCGUCGGAAAAUGAUCGAAAUCGUGUCGCCCUUUCGCAAUCCGAUGACAAUUCUAACGGCUAUAUCAACGCAUCCUUCAUCAGCCUUACCAAGGGACGUAUGCGAUUCAUUGCUGCUCAGGCUCCUCUACCUGCUACACUUGAAGAAUGGUGGAAAAUGGUCGACGAGCAGAAAGUGGUGCUUAUUGUUAUGCUUUGUAAAUUGGUGGAAAUGAACAAGGUGAAAUGUGAGCGGUAUUGGCCGGCGGAAAUUGGUCAAAGUCUACUUUUUGGUUGUUAUGAGAUCACGUUAGAUGAAGUGGAAACAUAUCCUGACGACGAAUAUUUGUUACGUCGUUUGCGGAUGACGAACCAGAAAACUGGAGAGUCUAGAGUGAUUCAUCAGCUGCAUUACAAAGAGUGGCCAGAUCAUGGUUGUCCCUCAGGUGAAAGUCAGUUGAUCAACAUGAUUGAGAAAAUGGCGGAACUUCAUGAGAAAACUGAUGCGCCAGUAUUGGUCCAUUGUAGUGCUGGUGUUGGUCGCACUGGAACCAUCAUUUCUGUGAAUUACAUACGGGAGUUAAUCAAAUCUGCAGAAUUGGAAUCGCUUGAUCUCUUCGAUCUUGUUAUGAGUUUGAGGAAACAGAGAGCUAGUAUGGUUCAAACUCAGGAUCAGUACCAAUUUGUUCACAAAUGUGUUGCAUAUUACUGUAGAAGACAUCUUGGUCUCCCACAACCAGAGCCUCCACAGGAUGAUUUUAUUUUCCUCACGAGCCGCCUGCUCCAAGAGGUCCAGAAGAAUUGGGCAGCGCGGCAAGCUAAAAGUUGGUUUUUCACCUUCCAUUCUUUUUAA